CUCUUCCGCAAGGGCUACCAGCUCUUGGACCCUUAUGUCACCGUCAGCGUGGACCAGGUGCGUGUUGGGCAAACCAGCACCAAGCAGAAGACCAACAAGCCCACCUACAACGAGGAGUUCUCCGCCACGGUUACCGAUGGCCAUCAGAUCGAGCUGUCCGUCUUCCACGACACCCCCAUCGGCUACGAUGACUUUGUGGCCAACUGCACCUUGCACUUCCAGGACCUCUUGCGCUCCGCGGGCCCCAGCGACACCUUCGAAGGCUGGGUGGAUUUGGAGCCAGAAGGCAAAGUGUUUGUCGUCAUAACCCUCACAGGCAGCUUCACGGAAGGGACCCUCCAGAGAGAUCGAAUUUUUAAGAACCUCACUCGGAAACGCCAGCGGGCAAUGCGAAGGCGAGUGCAUCAGGUGAACGGGCACAAAUUCAUGGCUACCUACCUGCGACAGCCAACGUACUGCUCGCACUGCAAGGAGUUCAUCUGGGGCGUGUUUGGGAAGCAGGGGUACCAGUGCCAAGUAUGCACCUGUGUUGUACACAAGCGCUGCCAUCAUCUAAUUGUUACAGCUUGCACGUGCCAAAACAAUACUAACAAGAUUGAUCUUAAGGUGACUGAACAGAGGUUUGGAAUCAACAUUCCUCAUAAGUUCAGCGUCCACAACUACAAAGUCCCGACUUUCUGUGAUCACUGUGGUUCCUUGCUCUGGGGAAUCAUGCGACAGGGCCUACAGUGUAAAAUCUGUAAAAUGAAUGUCCACAUCCGAUGCCAAGCAAAUGUUGCACCAAACUGUGGGGUGAACUCAGCAGAGCUUGCUAAAACCUUGGCAUGCAUGGGUCUGCAACCAGGAAGCAUUUCCCCAAAUUCGAAACUGGUUUCAAGAUCUACUUUGAGACAUCAGGGAAAAGGCAGCCUGAAAGAUGGCAACAACAUUAGUGAAAGUUCAGCGAGCAAACUUGGGAUCAAAGAUUUAACAUUCCUUCGUGUAUUGGGAAAGGGCAGCUUUGGAAAGGUGAUGCUUGCCAAGAUGAAGGAGAGUGGGCAGCUCUAUGCAGUGAAGGUGUUGAAGAAGGACGUCAUUCUCCAAGAUGACGAUGUUGAAUGCACCAUGACCGAGAAACGCAUCCUUUCCUUAGCAAGGAACCACCCGUUCCUCACCAAGCUCUACUGUUGCUUCCAGACUCCUGAUCGCCUGUUCUUUGUGAUGGAGUUCGUAAAUGGCGGGGACUUGAUGUUCCAUAUUCAGAAGUCGCGUCGCUUCGAUGAAGAUCGUGCCCGGUUCUAUGCUGCAGAAAUUAUUUCCGCCCUUAUGUUUCUCCAUGAAAGAGGCAUCAUUUAUCGGGACUUGAAGCUGGACAACGUGCUACUGGACUAUGAGGGUCACUGCAAGCUGGCAGACUUUGGAAUGUGCAAAGAGGGCAUUCACGAUGGCAUUACCACAGCCACCUUCUGUGGUACACCAGACUACAUCGCUCCAGAGAUCCUGCAAGAGAUGCUGUAUGGCCCUGAUGUAGACUGGUGGGCCAUGGGUGUGCUGCUGUAUGAGAUGCUGUGCGGCCAUGCACCCUUCGAGGCAGAGAAUGAGGACGACCUCUUUGAGGCCAUUCUGAACGACGAGGUUGUCUACCCAACGUGGCUCCAGCAGGACGCAGUGGCUAUCCUCAAAGCAUUCAUGACGAAGAACCCCAACAUGCGGCUGGGCAGCCCUGGGCUGGGUGGCGAGAGCGCGAUUCUGCGGCACCCCUACUUCAAAGAUCUGGACUGGCGUCAGAUGGAGCCACCGUUCAGGCCCCGAAUUAAAUCCAAAGAUGACGUGAGCAACUUUGAUCCAGAUUUUAUAAAAGAGGAGCCCAUUCUGACUCCCAUUGAAGAAGGAAUUCUUCCAAUGAUAAACCAAGAUGAAUUUAGAAACUUUUCAUUCACAAGCCCAGAACUGCAGCAAUAG